UAAAGAAGUAGACCAAUUCUAUUGAACAAUCACACGAAACAUGGCUUAAAGUUGUGUUUACGAACGAUCAAGUAGUGUGCCAGUUGACAAAAUAGAAAGAUGGAAGACGUCUAAAAUAAUUUGAGAAAAAAGCUGCAGGCAAAGGAAGCAGUGAAAUACGCCCUUUAACAUUACAAGCGCCCACAAAACCCCAAUUUUAAGUUAUUAGGAAAAAACAAACAAAUUUGUGAAGACACAAGUCAGUGGGAAAGAGGUGAAAAUUGUUUUUUUUAUUUUUCAUGUUAGGUGAUGCACAAAUUCGCUAAAACAACCGUUAAAAAAAGUGAAAAGUCGUAGGUGGUGCGCGUGCGGUUUGUAGUAAAAGGGGUCUACUGCUCCAUUUGGGUGCGUGAUUCAAGUAACCAAGAUGGCGGAAAAAGCUGUUGCGUCUCUCUUGUGUUUUGUUGCAUCUAGCUAUACUUACAUUAAUAAAAGAAGUUGUUGCUUAAUAUUUCGUUAUUGUGUGUAACAUGUAUGUUAAAUUAAGCCUUCUUCAAAACACAUAUUUAAUUGAAGUAAGAUAGCUAGCUAAAGAGACGACGUCUAUAUAUGGGAAGGGGUCUAAUAAAACUUUUGACAUAUAAUGGCAGAGCUAGCUAGUGGUGGUGCUAGCUAGCUAUCUCUUUAGCUAGUUAGUUAGCUACUUUUUUAACAUACAUAUGUUGCAUUUUUUUCAAGAAGCCCUUGAAAAUUGUAAAUUUGUAAUAAAACUAAAAAAUAUGAAGCCAGCUAGUUAGCUAGGUUUUUUUCUGCCCGGAUUAUGAAUGCUGCCUGAAUUAUUUAUGGCAGCUUACCCCGUUUAUAAACAGGACCGUAAAAACAUAAUCGGGGCAACAUAAUCGGAAUUGGCGGCUUAUGUAUAGCUAUGCACGACAGUUCUAUUAUUUGGUACUUAUAAUAUGAACAUAAUUGAGUCGGGCCAGCUUAUGUACGGCACUUUUUAUAUUAUUUGGCACUUAUGCACGAAAGUUAAAAUAUUAUUUGGCACUUAUAGAACGAACAUAUCAGGGCAGGUCGGUUUAUGUACCACAGUCUAAUUUUAUUAGGCACUUUAGAAUGAACAUAAUCUGGGCAGGCUGGCUUAUAUACAACAUUUUUUAUUAUUUCUAACUUAUAGAACGAACAUAAUCAUGGCAGCCCGGCUUAUAUACAACACUUAUAUUAUUUUUCACUUAUAGAGUGAACAUAAUUGGGGCAGGUCAGCUGAUGUGCAACACUUUAUAUUAUUUCUAACUUAUUGAAGAAACAUAAUUGGGGCAGCCCGGCUUAUGUUUUUUUGCCAUGCCUAGUUUUCAAUGGCCGGAGAGGAUGUUUAGUCUGUUACAAUUUCGAAUAAAAUGUCUUAAUAAAACUUUCAUUUAAAUUUUGCAAUCGUCUGAGCUAUACUAGUUUUAGUUAAGCCAUGGAAGGUCAUCGCCAAAAAUUUGAACAAUUUGCCCAGCGUUACACAGCCACUGGAAAAAGACCAACAAGUGGCACAAUAACAAGAGAGUUGGGGAAGAAAAUUUCCCAGUACUUAAAAAGUGAAGAGCCAGACAGUAACAAGGGUGCAGAAGCACGUCGAUUCAGGUUAUUUAUCAAGAAGUUUAAGCUUAUAAACUGCAAAGAGCUGGGAAUGGUGGAUAUUUUGAUUGUACCUUCAAAACAAGCUAAAAACAAUACAGGUAAUCAAUUGAUACCUGAAGGUUACUUAAGAGUGGCAUACGUAGAUGAAUUCUUUGACAUCAUACACUCAGUUCACUGUAAUGAAUUAAAUCACGCUGGUGUGAAAAAGACCUACAAAAAGGUUGCAAGUUCAUUUUGGGGUAUCCCAAGAUCGGCUAUUGAAGAGUAUAUCAAUCUUUGUGAAACUUGCCACUUAAAAAAGCCACAGAAGACUGUACCGCCCAUCAAGGCCAUUAUAUCAAAUGGCUUCAUGAAACGCCUCCAAGUUGAUUUAAUAGACAUGAGUCAUAUGCCUGAUGGAGACUAUAAAUAUAUCCUUCAUUCCAUUGAUCAUUGGUCGAGAUUUAAUUUUCUUGCUGCCCUGGAGAAAAAGGAAAGCGCUCCAAUUGCAGUUGAGUUGGAAAAAAUAUUUUCAUUGUUUGGACCGCCAAAGAUCUUUCAUUCUGAUAACGGUUCAGAAUUUGUAAGUAAAUCAAUAGAUCAUAUUAUCGAAGCUUGGCCGGGGGAGAUUCAGGUGGUUCGUGGUCGUCCUCGCCAUCCACAGAGUCAAGGCAUGAUUGAACAAGCUCUUAUUAAUGUGGAACAUAGCAUAUCGGUCAUGAUGGCUGAGUGUCCCAGUGACACCAAACCAUGGAGCUCGUGGUUGCCACAAAUAUGUUAUGCCAUCAACACACAACAACUUAGCGCUACAGGAUGUACUCCGUAUGAGCUAGUGUUUGGACGACCGCCAUCCACUACAAUCAUACCGACUGUUUUAAAACAAUCGGCGGUUAUCACUGAUUCUAACCUUGAUGAUGAUGAAGACGUCGACUUUUUCUCCAUGUCUGUUGAAGAGCAAAUGAAUUACAAAUGUCAUGCUGAGCAGCCACGCGACGGUUUAUGAUGUUGAAUUGCCAUUUCGACGUGUAUAUGCUGACAUGUUGCAAUACAUUGAAGUUAAACUUUUUUCAUUGCUUUGUUAGAAUAUAUUCCUGCUGAUAUUGUGUAUAUAUACUUAUUAUGUAUGCUUUAGAUAUAGAUUUUUUUAGUAUGUUAAGGCUGUAUCUAGCUUGGCUACCCCAGAUCUUUAUUUACUUAAGCUGUUUUCCUAGUCUCGAAAAGGCAAAAGGGCCGAGAGAUGAAGUUGUUACUUGUGUCAUCUGCUUUUUGUUAUACCCUUGUAAUAUAUAUUUAUUUAAAUUUAUGUUAUGUUCAUAUUAUGUUCCUUAACAUGGUUUUAUCAUUUACCAAAAAGAUGAAGAAGAGAAUUUUAUCGUACUACAGUCUUUUUUACAAAAACACACUUUAUCAGAGCAAUGAGUUAAGAUUGUGUGAAAAAUUAAGAACAACUGAAAAACAAUGAUAGGCUCAGAUUUUACCAAUUAACAUAAAAUAACGGGUGUGAAACCCUUUGUUAGUUCAUAUUUUUAAUGUAAUAAAUGCUUUAAAUCGAGAAGAAAUAUUCCUUUGACUAA